AUGGCGGAGAGAAGUGUUGUUAGCUGGAAUUCUAUACUUGCUGGGUAUGUCAGGUGUGGCGAUUUUGAUGGGGCUUUGAGGGUUUUUGACAUGAUGCCAUGUAGGAAUGUUGUGUCUUGGACCACCAUGGUUUCUGGGUGUGCUCGGAAUGGGAAGUGCAGACAGGCUUUGUUGUUGUUUGGUGAGAUGAGGAGGGCUCGUGUGCCAUUGGAUCAGGUGGCAUUGGUGGCAGCUUUGUCUGCUUGUGCUGAAUUAGGGGAUCUGAAGUUGGGAAGAUGGAUCCAUUGGUAUGUUCAACAGUGGUUUGUUGCCAGGAACGAACAACCGUCAGUGCGCUUGAACAAUGCACUCAUACACAUGUAUGCUAGUUGUGGAAUCAUUCAUGAAGCUUAUCAAGUGUUUGUCAAGAUGCCUUGGAAAAACACUGUGUCUUGGACUAGCAUGAUCAUGGCUUUUGCGAAACAGGGACUGGGGAAGGAAGCCCUUGAUACAUUUAAAACUAUGCUUAGAGACGGUGUGGGAGUAAAUGGAGUAAGUCCUGAUGAAAUAACCUUCAUCGGAGUUCUUUGUGCUUGUAGCCAUGCAGGGUUUGUGGAUGAAGGGCGCCAAAUUUUUGCAUCCAUGAAGCAUACUUGGGGAAUCAACCCGAGGAUUGAACACUAUGGAUGCAUGGUUGAUCUGUUGAGCCGUGCUGGAUUCUUAGAUGAAGCACGUGGACUAAUUGAAACUAUGCCCUUAAAGCCUAAUGAUGCCCUUUGGGGUGCCCUUCUUGGUGGUUGUCAUAUUCACAAGAAUUCAGAUCUAGCAUCACAAGUGGAAAACAAGUUAGUACCCGAGCUCAGCAUUGAUCAAGCUGCAGGCUAUCUUGUGCUUUUGUCAAACAUAUAUGCCUUUGGUCAAAGGUGGCAGGAUGUCAUUACAGUGAGACAGAAGAUGAUCGAGAUGGGUGUGAAAAAGCCUCCCGGCAGAAGUUGGAUCCAAAUUAAUGGAGCUGUCCACAAUUUUGUUGCGGGUGACAUGACUCAUAAGCAUUCAUAUUUUAUCUAUGAAAUUCUGUAUGAUGUCUCAAAGCAAGCCAAUUUGGAAGGCUAUGAAUCAAAGAUAAAUAUUUUCUUGGAUGUUGAAUUGUAA